AUUAAGUGGCAAAAAGAGAGGAAGGGAUUGUAUAAAGCCUCGUUGUAUUCUUAACAUCAAUUUAUUUCCAAGUGAAAUGUAUGAACGAACGUGUGUGCUCAUAUUUAUUUUAUUAUUUACAAUACUACCAUCAUAUAUUAAUUGUAACAUGUGGCCAAAAAAAGAUCAUUACAAUACGAGAUGGGAUAAAAUGAAUUUAGAUAAAAUUUUGGAAAAUAAAAGACUUCUUAGAUAUUAUUUUAAUUGUCUUAUGAGCAAGGGACCAUGCCCACCAGAUGGACAAGUACUAAAAAAAAAUUUACCCGAAGCAUUGAAAACUGCAUGUGAAAAAUGCUCAAAGAGUCAAAAAGAUGGUGGAAUUAAAGUUAUAAAAUACUUGAGGGAAUACGAGCCAAAAAUAUUUGAAAUUCUUGCAAGUAAAUAUGACCCCAAGGGAACAUACCGAAGACGUUAUCUCAAAUCUGAAGCUGACAACACGACGUGAUUUUUUUUUAUCUUAAAAUUGUUUAACAUAUUUUUGUUGUUAUUUUUCUCUAUUAUUUUUUUACAUUUAAUAAUUUA